GAUAUAGUCGGUCCAUGAAUUGGCGUAUGCGAACGUGAGUAGAUUACCUUGAAAACAACGGGCGGACAUCUUGGACGCAGUAUCCAGUUCUUAUUAUACCGCAGUGCCUUUGUCCCAGAAGCCCAUAUACAACAGAGGAAACCCGGUGCGGUGCAAGCAGCCAUCUUGGAUAGACAGCCAAGGCAGAUACUUCAGCCAGGAUAACCUACAGAUCCCUUCUGAAGAGCUCAAGACACACAACAUUAAACCGACAAUUCCCGAGCCACGAUGGCCACCGCACCGUACAACUACUCUUACAUUUUCAAAUACAUCAUCAUUGGGGACAUGGGGGUAGGGAAGUCGUGUUUGCUUCACCAGUUCACAGAGAAGAAAUUCAUGGCGGACUGCCCCCAUACGAUCGGCGUGGAGUUUGGCACGAGGAUAAUCGAGGUGAGCGGCCAGAAGAUCAAGCUGCAGAUCUGGGACACGGCGGGCCAGGAGCGCUUCAGGGCUGUCACACGUAGUUACUACAGGGGGGCCGCGGGCGCACUCAUGGUCUACGACAUCACCAGGAGAAGCACAUACAACCACCUCAGCAGCUGGCUGACUGACGCCAGAAACCUCACCAACCCCAAUACUGUGAUCAUUCUCAUAGGUAACAAAGCAGACCUGGAAGCCCAGAGGGACGUCACGUAUGAGGAGGCCAAGCAGUUCGCUGAGGAAAACGGUCUCUUAUUCCUGGAAGCCAGCGCAAAAACGGGUGAGAACGUGGAGGAUGCCUUUCUGGAGGCGGCUAAGAAGAUCUACCAGAACAUUCAGGAUGGCAGUCUGGACCUGAACGCUGCAGAGUCAGGUGUCCAACACAAGCCCUCCGCCCCCCAGGGAGGCCCGCUAUCCAACGAACCACAGCCCCAGAGGGAAGGCUGCGGCUGCUAAUGACCAACGCCUUUCUCUCUGUCCUUCUCCACCCACUCUCUCUCUCUUUCCUCAUCCUCCCUCCAUCACCCCCUGCCCCUCCAUUGUCCACUGGGACUGCAUGAGUGUGGGUCACGGGUGGAGGGAGGGAACAAGGGAUGUGUUGGCUGGCCUGGGUUGUGUAGUAGUGUACGUCCCACUGCCUCCCUCCUUCUUCCCUCUAUUCAUCUCUCUCUCCUCUUCCUUUCCGGUCUGUGCAUCCUCCUCCUCCUCCUCCAUCUUUUCACUUGGUCGUCGUCUUCACUUCUUUCUCUCGUUUCUUCUCUUCCUCUCCUCCUCUGCUCCAUUCAGUCCAGCUCAUCUGCCAUGGGAUUCCAAAUCCACACACAUUUACAUAUAUAUAAAGACAUGGGUUACUGACACAUAGAUGGGUAAACCUGAAGAAAAGCUUUUUUUAACGUUUCCUUUUAUAGCUUCUACUAUAUUAUCAAUCGAGUCUCAUCUACCACAUCCGAAACCAACCAAGCCUGUAUAGUCUAACCUCCACUGACGUUGAAUUAUCCAGACAGUCUCCGCAUCUCUCACCCCGCAUCACUACUGCAUGGUUUAAUGAUCUAGGACUAUUUUUAAUUGAACUGAAAUUACAUGUGUAUGAUUUAACAUUUUCCCUCAAUGGCUUGGGCUCUUCCGGUGGUGGAGAUGGUUAGUGAAAGCAAUGAUGUAAUGUAUGACGCGAUCCGCUACUGAUCACUAUUAGCGGUGCUAUGCGAGGUGUGUGUGUGUGUGGGUGCGCGCGUACGUGUGUGUAUUUGGUCUAGUUGUUGAACCUGGCCUAGAACAGGUUUCUACUCUACCCAAAGCUUUCCCCUCUGGUCCUUAUGGUAAAGCUCUAAUACUAGGCAGAGAUGGAAUCCCUCUAAUGGUGUCCUAUAGUACACCUCAGAGUGGCAACACUAGUGUAGUAGAGAGACACUUUAAAGCCCAAGACAGCUGGAAUUCCCCAGAAACGCCUCUACCUACUUGUCUUUCUCCUUAGAUGAUGUCACAGGAAAGGCUCUGGGUGAUUUCCUGCCAGUACAGUGUGUGUGUGCAGGGAUGGGGAAGGGAUUUCUUUGACUAAGUUAAUGACACUUAAGAAAACAAGACACGUUUUCCUUUAUGGGAAGGAUUCCUUCAGAUCAUCAGUUUCAUUGCACCAACUUCGUCCUCUCCUCUCCCCCCCAGCCCAUAUCAAUAGAAUCUGUCUGUCCUUACCAGCAUUUUUUUUGUCGUCGUUUGUUGCCUUAUUGUUAUGGUUAAUAUUAUUACUGUUUAAUAUUUUAUUUGCUGCGCUUGCACUACAUACUGCUUUUGGACUACAUACUUCUGUCAAACAAACUGUUUUACAAUAUGGUGAUAUUUUUGUGGAGAACAUGGUAACUGGUGUAACACGUGGGUGCUGAUGAAAAGACUGAGGUAGAAGAUGCCCCCUAAGUCCAGAGCUAGGAUAUUUUUUUUAAAAGUCAAAUUGGGGCUGUUUUAUAUUUGUCCUGUUUCUUCAAAUCAAAUUUUAUUGGUCACAUACGUGUUUAGCAGAUGUUAUUGCGGGUGUAGCG